GCUGCGCUGAGAACGGUCGGUAAAUCGCGCGCGGUCUGCGAUGUUUACCUCACGUGACCAGUUGCCCCAAAAAGGCCUGGUAACAAAACAUCCAAUAUGGCGGCUCGGUGAAAAGUCUGCAAAAUAUUUUUGCACAUAUCUUAUUCUUAAACCACCCAAGCCUCGAUUCAUAAGGAUUUCUCGCGACAAUCCUCGUGGAGUCUUCGAGCUACAUGGAUGUUGAUCAGUUCUUGUCAACUGUCUUCCCAUCGAAAAGGGACGAAAAUAUCGCCACCCCGAGACGGCCGUUAUUGGAGUAUGGGACCCUUCAGGAUCAUAUUGAAGAAAUUCUUGCUCAGUAUGAUGAGGAGCCUAAACCAGAGCUGGAUGCUGAAGAAAGAGCUUUAACAGAUGGAAGAAUUGGACCAGAGACAGUAGGAAUUGAUAGAGCUAGUCUUUGUGGCUCUAUGAAUAUUAAUGAUGGCAUCGAGAUUGAAAGCAAAAGCAACUUCGGCAGUGUUAGAGCAAAUCUCUGUGUUUGCAAAGGCAGGUGGAUGUAUGAGAUAUUGUUAGGGUCCAAAGGGAUCAUGCAGCUGGGAUGGGCGACCUUGCAGUGCAGGUUUACUAACGAGGUCAGUCUGGAAAAAUGAUGUGAGAAAAAAAGGUCACCUUUAUCAUGAUUCCAAAAAUUUAAUGACUAAACUUGCACCAGGCCAAUGGCUAUUUGAAAGAUACAUAUAACAAGUUGAUCUGAUUUGAGAAGCCAGGAGGUCAAAUCCUCACCAUGAUUUUUUUGUUGUUGUUAUUUCUAUUCCCCCACUGAAUGGUUUUUGAAAUUGCAAGUCAGGAGUUAUUAGGGGUGACAAACUGCAGGAUGUUUUUUUUUAUUUAUUGAAGGAGUGUGUAAAGCUCAACUGGAAUGGGGGUGCAAGCUAAACAAAAACAAGGGAAACAACAAUGAAAACAACACCUCUUCUGUGAAUGUUUGGUACAUAUAUACUGUACAGUGUAUGUGUGAUGAUUCGAACAAUUUUAAACUUUUGAUAAUUUACACAGUUGAACACUGCUAUUUCAAACUCUCAGGGGAAGUGAAAAAUACAAUCAAUUGUAUGGUGCACAUACAUGCAGUUUGAAAUAGUGGGAGUUUGAAAUAGCCUAUAGUAAAGGACUGAAGGGCAAGUUCGAGAUAAUGGGGAAUUCAAAGUCUAACUAAGUUCGAAUUAGCGGGAUCCAACUGUACUCUUUUAGCAUUAAAUCCAACAGCAGCAGCAAAACUCGGUCUACAGAAAUUAAUUCAGAGUGUGGCUGGAGUAAAACUGCUGGCCUGGUGAAUUUUUAUUAACUUUGAAGGGAGGCGUGGUGACCUCAUCGUUAGUGCGCUCGUCUCCGGAUCGAGUGGUCCGGGUUCGAGCCCUGGC